AUGCAGCCGUACCUGCAUGCCUUUUGCGUCUACAAUGAGACAGCCUUCCGGGGGCUGGACUUUGUGUUGGACCAGGCAUCGCACUAUGGCGUCAAGGUCAUGUUCACGCUCACCAACAACUGGAAGACCUUUGACAGCAAGUACAAUUAUGUGAAGUGGGCGAAUCAGACAGACCUGGACGCCUUUUGGACGGACGCCAAAGUGAAGCGGCUGUUCAAGAAUCACAUCUAUGCCAUGACCUCCAGAAUCAAUGUCUAUAAUGGGAGGAGGUAUAGGGACGAUCCGGCGAUCUUUGGCUGGGAUCUCAUAAACGAGCCGCGCUGCAACUGCUUCCCCAGCAAGCUGCCUCCCUCCUCUGAGUGGGACACUCUGGAGGGCUCCUGCAGCCCCACCUGCGCCAACAAGAUCACUGCGUGGGUGCACGAGAUGGCUGCAUACCUGAAAGAGAAGGACCCAAAUCACCUGGUGACCGUGGGAUUGGAGGGCUUCUGGGGCGCGCAUGCACCGGAGGCUCUGGAAUUCAAUCCCCUGCCAGGGGACAACGGGGAGCUGAGCUGGACGUCGCUGACUGGACAAAACUUCACUGCGCAGCACGACUCACCCCACAUCGACUUCUGCGCCGCGCACUACUGGCCAGACCUCUGGGUUGGCAACGAGAAUCAGGCGUUCCUGUCAAAGUGGAUAGACAGCCACGCGGGCGCGUGCAAGGCCAUCGGGAAGCCCUUUGUGCUGGAGGAGUUUGGCAAGAAUGUGACUGCCAAGGCCAAGACUCCCGAGGAGUGGAAGGCCCGGCGGACUCCCAUGUUCUCGCACGCCUACUCCGAGUACAUCUCCAGCCUUGAGAGCGGUGGCAACUACCAAGGCACCAUGUUCUGGAAGUGGGCGCUGUCGCCGAAGAAUCCACGCGACGAUUUCCUGACGGUGGCGGCUCCGGACCCAACCUUCACGGACAUCGUGGUGCCCGGCGCCAAGUCAGCGCUGGAAUUCGCCAAGCGCUCGUCGCCCCUGCAGAACUGCGUCAAGGUGGUGACGAAGCAGGACAGCUCAGCGCUGCGAACGGACGCGUGGGAUCGCACGUUGUCGGACUGGCUGCGGCGAGCGGAUGAGGCAAACCACGAGGUGGCCGUGGAAGCCAAGCGAAACCACACCCACCACGUGCACUCAGUGCUCGGCGGGAAAUCAAUCCUGACUGACACAGAGAUCACCAUGCCCGAGGAUGAUCUGGCCAGCCAGGUCAAUGACACGGAGCUGAUGCCGGCGCUCAGCACGGCUUUUUCGGACGAGGCCGCCUCGGCGUCUUCAGAGGGCCUCGAGACGAUCUUUGACGCGCAGCGCGCGCAGCGCGCGGCCGACGCCGAGAUCGCCGCGGCCGAAUCGGCCGCCACCGAGGCCGCCAAGGCUGACGCCGCCGACGCCGCCGACGACGGCGCGCCGGCUGGUGACGCGCAAGAAGAAACGGACGCAGCGGACCAGAAAGAAAAGGAAAAAGAAAAAGAGGGGCAGCGGGAGGGCUCGAACCGCGGGGGACUUGAGGAAGAGGCGGCGCCAUCGGAGAACACCGGGCAGGAGCGGGCGGCGCGGCUGGCGGCGCGGGCGUCGGUGCGCGCGCGAAAAACGGAGCAGGAGGCAGAGGGGGAUUCGGGGCAGCAGCCUGGGUCCCAGGAUCCAGUGCCUUCGCACCACAGACACGCCAAGUCCGUCCAGACAGAUGACAGCAACGCCAUGGCAGCCAACCCUCAGACAGCGGCCAAUCUGCAAGCGGGGUGCACAGAAGGCGCUGCAAGGAAUGGCGGGCGAAGAUGA